AUGCUUUUGCAGCAGCAGUAUCAAAGCGCCCUGUUUUGGGCAGACAAAGUAGCUUCAUUGUCUCAUGAGGAACCACAAGAUAUCUACUGGUUGGCCCAAUGUCUCUACCUAACAGCUCAGUAUCACAGGGCAGCACAUGCCCUUCGGUCACGUAAGUUGGAUAAGUUGUAUGAAGCAUGUCGCUACCUUGCAGCUAGAUGUCAUUAUGCUGCGAAAGAACAUCAACAGGCCCUGGAUAUUCUUGAUAUGGAAGAGCCAAUCAACAAAAGACUUUUUGAAAAGUACUUUAAGGAUGAAAGUGGAUUGAAAGACUCUACCACAGACUGGGAGAUGUCACAAUCCUCUAUCAAGAGCUCUAUAUGCCUUUUGCGAGGGAAGAUCUAUGACGCUUUGGAUAAUAGAACCCUAGCAACGUACAGCUACAAAGAGGCCUUGAAGCUUGAUGUUUACUGCUUUGAAGCAUUUGAUCUUUUAACAUCGCACCAUAUGCUGACAGCCCAAGAAGAAAAAGAACUUCUUGAUUCUCUACAUCUUGAUAGACAGUGUACAGAAGAAGAACAAGAAUUGCUUCACUUUCUAUUUGAGAAUAAAUUAAAAAAGUAUAAUAAACCCAGUGAAACGCUUUUUCCUGAAUCAGUAGAUGGUCUUCAAGAAAACCUGGAUGUGGUCGUUUCCUUAGCUGAAAGACAUUAUUACAACUGUGAUUUCAAAAUGUGCUACAAGCUUACUUCUGUAGUAAUGGAAAAAGAUCCUUUCCAUGCAAACUGUUUACCUGUGCACAUAGGGACACUCGUGGAGCUUAAUAAGGCAAAUGAGCUUUUCUAUCUUUCUCACAAACUGGUGGACUUGUACCCAAAUAAUCCUGUGUCGUGGUUUGCAGUAGGAUGCUACUAUCUCAUGGUUGGCCACAAAAAUGAACAUGCCAGAAGAUACCUCAG